AUGCCCUCGCUGUCAACGCACCCUCCAUACUCGUAUCGGCAUGGUCGACUAUCUCCGGACGCAGUUCACCAUACUUCCAACGAAAUCAAAAUCUACUGUGUCCAGCAAUCCAGUAGUCCCUUCUGUUUCCAGCACUCUGCGACCACCUUCACCACGGACGCUCAACUAUCCGAUGCCCCGUUACCCUCAACUGUCAACACCACACUCCCUACUGCGACCCCCUCAUUUACCGUCAACCACUACAGACACAACCCUCCUCACGCCCUCCACCCCUCCGGUGCCUCAUCUUCUGCCACCACCUCUGUCACUACAAGUCCCCUGACGAAAUAA